UCAUAGCCUUUGCUCAUUUUUCUGUUGAGUUUCUGGUCUUGUUCUUACUGGUUUCUAGGAGCUCACGAUUUAUCAGUGCCAAGCCAACAGCAUCUACACCUUCAGAUUUUUGGCAGGUUAUUGUUUUCUUGCUUCCUUUCCUCUGUGUAUGUUUAUUUGCUGUAGUGCUUACAAACAUUCUUGGCUUCCCCUUAAGGCAGAGGGAACUGAGGCAGGUAUACAUUGGGGGAUGGGGUGGGCACCACACCUAGAGCUGCCAGAGGCCAGGGAAAAGGUGGCCAUAGGAUCCACUGAGCACUCUGGUUUAGGUCAGGAAGAGCCUCUCUGAUGGUGGUGCUCGGGCCUGGGGUGGUGGGGCGUCCACUGGGCCAAAGGAAAGGCCGAGGCCAGGUCAGGGCUGGGACCUUCACACCCCUAAGGGGAGAAGCACCUGGUUCACGUAGACAGUAUAGGAGGCCCCCACCUAUCCACCUGCGGAGACGCACAAGGGUGACAUGAAAUUGAUCUGUCGCUGUCGCGAGCCCAGGACUAGGGGUUCCCUUGGCUCUCCAGGUCUCGCAGAAUCCCAUCUCAGUCCCCCUGGAAGCCAGUGCCAGGCAGCCCUCGCGAGGGAGGGGCUGUCCCUCUGCGAAAGGAUGAGAGCAGGACCGACGCUUCCCAGCCGGCGAGCUACAGCGCCCAGGGACUCCGCUCCCGCAGGGGCCAGCCCCUUCCCUCCCGUAAAACGACCCAGGCGGGAGUGGAAGCCGGAUCCCGCUCUUUCAUUUUCGAUUCCCGGAAGGAUAGCAAUUACCGGAGCGCCCUGCGCGCCUGCUCGCCUGGGAACCCGAGCGCGCAGCACCAGGCGCAAUUUGAAAGAGAUUUCCUCCCACGCGACCUUCCAGUUUUGAGGGCAAAGUUAGCGGAGGGCCUGAGAACGCCGGAGAGCCCAGCAACUGCAGCCACCAGAGCGCUCACCACGGACAGCGGGUGGCUCCCUCACCUUCACCUGUAAUGCAGGAGGGAGCAUUGGCUGGUUCUCCUGUGAGUCCCAAGGCAGCCACACCGCCCCCUGGCACCCAGGCCCAAGCCAGAUAUGAAGCUCGAGUGAACCUGCUAGGUGACAGGGGAAUCUGCAGGCUGCCAGGAAGACUCCGCAUCCAGCCUGUGCUCUGGAGCAGGGAGGACGUGCUGCACUGGCUGCGCUGGGCCGAGCAGGAGUACUCUCUGCAGCACACGGGGGAGCAUGGCUUUGAAAUGAAUGGCCGAGCCCUGUGCAUCCUCACCAAGGACGACUUCCGGCUCCGCGCCCCAGGUUCAGGUGACGUUCUGUAUGAGCUACUCCAGUUCAUCAAGACCCAGCGGCGAGCCCUGGUGUGUGGGCCAUUUUUCGGGGGGGCCUUCAGGCAGACAGCGCUCACUCAGCCCUGCUCCUGCUCCCUGGAAGAGAGCAUCAGGCCCCUGCAGGUGACCCCCAAAAGAGGCCUCCUGCUGCAGCCACCAGACCCGGGGCUUGGCAGCUCCUUGAGCCAUCGGAAUGGCCCUGACCCAGCCAGCUGGCCCCUCAGCAGGGAGGAGUCCCUCAAUUUAUCUCACUGGGCGGAGCUCGGCUGCAGGGCUGAGGGAGUCUGCUCCUUCCCCAGGACGCCCCAGGCCCCCAUCGAUGGUAGGAUUGCCGACUGCCGGCUGCUGUGGGAUUACGUGUACCAGCUGCUCUCUGACACCAGGUACGAGCCCUACAUCAAGUGGGAAGACAAGAACGCCAAGAUCUUCCGAGUUGUGGAUCCGAAUGGGCUCGCCAGACUCUGGGGAAAUCACAAGAACCGGGUGAACAUGACCUACGAGAAGAUGUCACGUGCCCUGCGCCACUACUAUAAGCUGAACAUCAUUAAGAAGGAACCUGGGCAGAAACUCCUGUUCAGAUUUCUGAAGACACCUGGGAAGAUCAUCCAGGACAAAGGCAGCAGCAGGGAGCAGCUGGAGGGCCAGGAGCAGGACAGGGUGGAUUUCAAGGAGGAGAUAUUGGAAGUCUCUCAGUGAAGGGCAGGUGGACUUCGGGCACCAGGUAUCAACAGGGCAGAGACUGAUUCUCCCAUGAAGGCAGCUAGCUGUACAGGGCCUCCUCUCUCCUCCCAGGGCAGCAGGGAACCCCAGCAGGGUUUUACACUCAUAGGAUCACAGCUGGUGUCUCAGACCUCAAAGCUGCCCAGGGACCUGGAAGGGCUGAGAACCAGGAGGCCUCACAUCCAGGACAUUGUGGGGGCACUGUUCUUCAGGUAGGGCAGCCCUGGGCUGGGGGUCACAGGGCGUGAGGUCUCUCCCUGUCCUCCCCAUUAGUACCUGCCCAGCUCAGGAGAGGAAGCUGGUCACUGAGCAAACAUCCAGCCCAACUCCUUCAAUUUACAGAAGAAAGCAGAGGUCCCUCACUGAACCUCAACUUUCUUCAUCUGCAAAAGGGCCAUGCUCAUGAAAAUAUGCUGAUGUAUGAAAUGGAAAAAAUGACUGUUUUGUCAGUCUUACUAAUGAUAAUAAUGACCUAACAUUUACGUGCCUACUAUGUGCCAGGCCUUGUGCCAAGGGUACUACCUAUAUUUUAUUUCAUUCAACUCACCUACCAACCCUCUGAGGCUUAAAGAUGGGGAAAUGGAGGCAGAGGCUUACAGAGCUGGGAUGUUUCCCCAGAAUCCAGUGCUGUGACCUGUUUUCUUUUAGUGCCUCUGAAUGUAUUGAGCACUUCUUAGGCAGAGGUCAUGGUCCUACCUCUCUGCCUUCAUCAUCAUCACUGAACAGUUCAUUUCACCUGGCCCAACACCCUUGCCCUCAGUUUUCAGUCCUGGGGUUACUCUGUGACUGUGACUCAGUGAAGAUCCCCCUGACCUCCCGACCCCCACCAGCUUCCUAUGCUCCUAUACCUGCAUCUGCCAUGUGACCAUGGGCAGGUUGUUCAAUCUCUCUGGAGCCUCAUGUUUCUCAUCGGCAAAAUGGGGAUGUGAUUCCCGACCUGACCUCACAGGAUUCCCAGAAAACUUCAAGAAGACAGGAUUUGUGCAGUGCUUGGUGUAUGCCAGCUGUGUAAGGAGCUAAGAAAACUCUGCAAACCCAAAGCUGCUCUAAAGCAUGAAAGUGCCUUUCCUAUAGGUUCAGCUUCUCUUUUCAGCUCCCCAGCCCAGGGAUGACCCGAUGAGGGCAGAGCCUCUGCCCUUGCGACCCCCGGGAAACUGGGGGGGAAAGGGAAGAGAGUGCUUUCACUUCAUUGAAAACCGAACCUAGAUUCACAUCUUCUUUUUUGGAAGGAGGAAAUUACCUCUGCCUCUUGCCUCCAGCAUGUCAGGAAACCACCCCCCAUCUAGCUGGGCCCAAGCUGGACUUGAGUCACUGCAGAGAGCCUGAUAAGGAUUCUAGGAUUUGGAAACUCAAAGCUGUGACCACUCACGAGCAAGGAAGUCCUGACUUAGUCCCAUCUGGGGCCCUUGACAAUUUCACACCAGAAGGGCCAAGCAGGGACCUUGGCAAAAAGGUCCAGCAGGAAAAUCCUUGGCCCCUAAAGUUUUCCCUGAGACUAUCCCAUCUCCUUGACUUUGCUCCAGGAUGAACCACAGCUUUCCUCAUCAUCCCUGGCCCAGAACUACAUAACUGGACUGGGAGGGACCGUUGAAAUCAACUUGUCCAGCCUCUCCUCUUAUAGAUAAGGCAGCUGAGGCCAGAGAUGGGGAGUGACUUGCCCAAGGACAUACAGCCCUGCUCCGCGUGCUGCCUCCUAAUGUUGCCUCAUUUAUUCUUGUCUCGCAUCUCACUCAUGGGUCUAAGACACAAAGGUUUAAAUGAGAGGAUGGAGUCAUAAGUCUCUUCUUCCAGUUAUGAUGUUGGCAUUUGCCUGCUGGUGUGUUAAUGGUUGCCAACAGCUGUGUAUCCCAAGGAUUAUGUCUUUAUCGAGGGGGCAGGGGGAGUUAAAUCUCAUCCAGCACUGGGACUGCUGGGGCCAGGAGUGGGCUGUGGGCUUGGAUAGGGUCCACUACCUCAGAUCCCAGACCCUUGGACUCUCCACUCAGCUCUGGGCUAAGCUAUAUCUCAUUUCUCCAGGCACAUUAGGCCCUGGUCUGGGAUGAACACCUGGGUACCAGGAAUAAACGGAUUUAUUCAGCAAUUCCUUCCAUGAGCAUUAAUUGACUACCUGCUAUGUACCUGGCAUCAGGGGAGGCUCUGGGUUUAUACCCACUUUUUACAUAAUUAGAUUCCUGUAAAGUGUUGGGUCACUGAAAACAACAUUUGUCAAAAUAGACUUCCUCACAAAUAAUUUUAAGAAGCAGGAAACAGAGUCCCACAGUUUGAAAAGUAGCCAGCCAUGUCCUUUUUUUGCCAGAUUACAUUAAUGUCAACAGUAAAGAGUUUAUGGGGAAUAAAGUGAGUAUAUUAACAAGUUCAUGAUGCAAGUCACUGUCUCCUGGUCAAGCCAUUUACAGCAUUAACCCGUGGGCUCCAUUAUGUCCAUCUUCUCCUUUAUGAAUUCUUGCCAACAAAGUCUUUUUCUCUUAAAAGGAAGCUCCAGAUAUAGCCCUCCCCCACCUCCCCCUGCUUUACUGAGAUAUGAUUGACAUAUAACACUGCAUAAGUUUAAGGUUGUAACAUUUAGCCCUUUCUUUAAUCCUGGUGGCCCUGCCACGUCUCGAGCUCUUACUGCAGGAAGCCUGGGCUGAUGCUGGUGACCCAGUGUCUUUCUCAUGCAGGACCCUAUUUGUGACAGCCUUCCUUGGCUUCUUCCUCUGGUUCCUCCCUAUGAUGUUAAUUGACAUUUUCUACCCCAGUGUUCUCUUAAAAGUUUUGUAGAGACACACAGAAAACACAGAAACUUACAGAGCAAGAUCCUGAUGCCUCCAAGCCAUCCAGCAUCUAAUGGUGAAUGUGAAGGUGGUCGAGGCUCAGAAGGAGCCUGUCCAAUACUGGUGUCAGGUCCCCUCAGUCCCCUCCUCCGUGCUGGCUUGGCCACUCAGUACGACCUUUGAACUAAGUGGCUCCUGGGACAGCCCCAAGGUUCGGAUGGCCAGUUUAAAGCGGGUUGUCCUGAAAUCAGAAUGUGCAUGUUUAAAAAGUAUUUUAAUCAUGAUCCUAAUUUUUAAAAUUCCCUAACCCUUAUAAGAUAAUUGCUCAUAUGGGGAAGGGUGGGGGAGGCAUACAAAGCAGAGCUAGGCCCUGCCCUUGGGAAGCUCACACAUCAGCAGGGAAAGCAGAAGUAGCUGAGCAGACGCUGUCACAGUGCCCAGGGAGAGGUGAAUGCAAGGUGGAUGUGGGGAAAAAAGUGGCUCUGGUGAAUUCUGCUUGGGAAGGGCCAGGGAGGGUGUCCCUAACAAGGAUCACACAGGCUUCUGCUGUUUUUCUCCUUCCCUUUUGUAGGAGUGAGGUCUGGAGGUACAGCAGCGUGGAGGGCCUUCUCAUCAUGAGAGGUCAGGGAGAACUCGAGGUGCAGGGGAAACAGAAGCAAGGCUGACUGCAGAGGCCCAUCCCUGAGGGAGGAAAAAGGGGUCCCCUGAGGUUCGUGCUUGGGUCAGCCUGGCUCACUCACACAGGGAAGCCGACCAGACUUGGGGCUGAGACCCUGAGAAGGUGAGGAGGGAGCCUUUAGGGAGAGGGAGGGGUCAUCCUGUGUCUGACCCACGAGGAAUGGCAGGGAGAAACUCUCAACAGCACCACCUACACAUUACCUACUUCAUGAGGCAACUGAUGCCGUGAGGAAAGCAACCCCAUUGUUUGAAGCCAGUCCACAGGGAGCCUCCAAUUGUUCACCCAACAGACUUUACUGAGAAGUGCGCGGUUCCCUGCCCUGUGCUGGGGGCUUCCCUGUAACGUGUCACAGGAGCCUGGCUGGCCUCUGAUGCCCAGAUCUAGGCUUAGGAUGGACCACUGAUUAAAACUGUGCUCUUUUCUCAGAAAUGAAGUGAAACCAGAAGGAGAAACGGUGAGAGGAGCAGCUGGCCCAGAACAGGGGCACGUUCCCCUCAGGGACAGCUGAACCCUGGGAUUCACUGUCCAGAGCAGAGUCUUGGGUGGGAGCCGGGGCCCAUUUCAGGGUUGUAGGAGGGCCGAGCAGAAUCCAACGCUCACUUCAGAUGGGGCUGCGCUGGCCCACUGAACUCUCAAAUGCCUUUGUUUUGCUCAAAUUAAAUGUACUCUGUGUGGUAAGGCUAACACAUGAAGCUCAUUAUGACAUCUACCAGCAGUUACAAAGGUCUUUGAUGAUAAUAAAUGAUACAGUAUGACAAUAAUAGUACAACAAAUAUAAUGAAAAUAUGCACUUUGAUAGACAAAACCUUUCUGAAUUUGAUACCCAUGGAGCAAAAACAUAGAGGUUUUUUGGGGGGGUGUUGUUUGUUUGGUGGUUUCAUCGAGACUUAUGCAGAUUUGAACUCAAUUGGGAAAUUUUACACCUGGGCAAAGGCAAUUCAAUGUUACUCCCAAAUACAAAUAAGAGUGAACAAAUGAACCUCCUCCUUCCCUCCCUCAGGUAGUUUCCCAGGUUAUUAUCCCAAGAAUCUAGAAUAAAGUUUGGGAAGGAUGUGUUCCCUCCAAUCCCAGA